AUGAGAAAUACCAUAUGUAUUGAAUGUAAAGAACCAUGGGAUGGAGAAAUGCAUAUUAGUUUAUAUUGUUCAUUAGAAUUUACAUGCAAAAAAUGCAAAAAUACAAUACAAAUUAAUACAUCUAAGGUGAUUCCACAUACCAAACAUCGUGAUAUUAAUCUGCGUGUUCAGUUAGGUGCACAUUUGGCAGGGAUUGGUCGUACUGGUAUAGCUAAAGUAUUUGGUGCUAUGAAUAUAGCUCCACCAGAAAAGGAAGACAAUUAUGAAGAAAUUGAUAAAGGAUUUUUAUUACCAUGUAUAAAAAAAUUUCAAAAUAAAUCAAUGCAAGCUGCUAUUUAUGAAGCUGUUGACGAGAAUGAUGGUGAUCCAACAACCUUGACAGUUAGUGGAGAUGGAACGUGGCAAAAGCGUGGCUUUAAAAGUAUUCAUGGAGUGGCUGCUGUUUUAUCAUGCAGCACAACACCAAAAGUACUCGAUGUUCAACGUUUAUCAAAAAAAUGUUUGAUAUGCACUGGUGCAUUGAGUGUGAAAAAUAAAGAUCUAGAUUUAUAUAACGAAAUUAUUCAUAAUCAUGACUGUGAAUCAAAUUAUGAUGGUUCAUCUGGUAAAAAUGAUGAUAAAGUUCAAGUUUUAUUAUGCAAAAUUGAUCAAGGAAUAUAA